CUCUAGGAAUUGAUGUUAUGGAGAAGAAAGCCAGCACAAUCACUACAUUCUCCUUACAAACAUACCGUAAAGAUUGAAAGCCGAAAUCUCAUUCGACAGGUCAGUCAGACCAAAAGGGGAGAUUGACCGAUCCGCUCUCGCGACUGACAUUGAUUUUUAUUGUCUCGUGGAGAAAAAUCUAAUUUAAGAUGAAGCGAAUAACGGGAAAGACGAAAGAAGCCACUCUGAUCGAAAUGUCUAACGCGUUGGAUUCUCAAGUCGAAGAUAAUAAUGGCAGCAUUAACUCCAUCUCUGAACGAGAAACACAGCUGCCCGGUCACCGGGAGAUUGACAAGUUUGGGCAAAACCGGGACUCUGUGUACUUCAGGGAUGGUGUACGUCGCAUCGAUUUCGUCCUGUCUUAUGGUGACGACAAGGAUGGGGACAAGAAAGCGGAGAGAAGAAAAGAAUUCGAAGCCAACCUGGAGAAGGCUGGUCUUGAGCUGGAGACUGAAGAUAAAUCAGAGUCUGAUGAUCGUAAGACAUAUUAUCUGAAGAUCCACGCUCCAUGGGAAGUGUUGGCCACCUAUGCUGAUGUGCUAAAGAUCAAAGUGCCCUUUAAAGAAAGUGACAUUCCCAAAGCACGAGACGUUCCGUUGGAGUGGCUUACACAUCCUUUCCAACUACCGGAACACAUCAUGAGGCCAGAGCCGGAUUACUUCACCGCACCCUUCGAUAAGAGCAAGGCUGACUUCUUCCUCAUUGAUGAUAAGGAUACAUUUUUCCCUCCCUCCACCCGCAACAGGAUUGUGUACUACAUCCUCACCCGCUGCCCUUACUACAAGGAAGACCAUAAGGAGAAAGAUAAGACGGGAAUUAAACGAUUGCUAAGCAACGGCACUUACACCUCAGCCUAUCCGCUCCAUGACUGUCAGUAUUGGAAGAAGGCGCAGGACAUGCAGUGUGAGAGUGAGCGGUUCCACCUGUAUAAAAACUGGGCUCGAUUCCUCUGCUUCUACAAGGAGCAGCCACUCAAUCUUAUCAAGAAGUACUAUGGUGAGAAGAUUGGUAUCUACUUUGCCUGGCUGGGCUUUUACACAGAAAUGCUAUUUUUUGCUGCAGUCAUGGGAGUGAUCUGCUUUGUUUACGGUGUGCUCAGUUACGACGACAACAUCACAAGUAAGGAGAUCUGUGACCCAGAAAUUGGGGGGAAGAUUGUCAUGUGUCCACUCUGUGAUAAAAAGUGCAGCUACUGGAAGCUCAAUUCAACUUGUCUGUCCUCUUGGCAAUCUCAUUUGUUUGAUAAUGAGGGGACUGUGUUCUUUGCCAUGUUCAUGGGCAUUUGGGUGACGCUGUUCCUGGAGUUCUGGAAGCGGAGGCAGGCCCGUCUUGAGUAUGAGUGGGAUCUUGUGGACUUCGAGGAGGAACAGCAGCAGCUCCAGAUCAGGCCAGAGUUUGAGUUGAAGUGCACAGACCACAGACUGAACCGUAUCACGCAGGAAAUGGAGCCUUAUCUUCCUUUCCCCAGCAAGUGUGCCCGAUUCUGCCUUUCUGGGGCAACUGUGCUGUUCUGGACUUGUCUGAUCGUGGCCUGUAUAAUGGGAGUAAUAGCAUACAGAUUAGCAGUCUAUGCAGCGUUUGCCAGCGUCAUGAAAGAGAGCCCCACCAGUAAGAUCCAGCUGGUGGGCUCUCUAAUCACCCCUCAGCUGGCCACCUCUGUAACAGCUUCAUGCAUCAACUUUGUUAUUAUUCUCAUCCUCAACUUCCUCUAUGAGCAUGUGGCCAUUUGGAUCACUGAUAUGGAGAUCCCCAAGACCCAUCUGGAGUAUGAGAACAAGCUGACAAUGAAGAUGUUUAUGUUCCAGUUCGUGAACUACUACUCUUCCUGUUUCUAUGUGGCCUUUUUUAAAGGGAAGUUUGUGGGUUAUCCAGGGAACUACAGUUACAUGUUUGGAAAGUGGAGCACUCUGAGAAAUGAAGAGUGUGCCCCUGGGGGUUGUCUGAUUGAGCUCACUACACAGCUCCUUAUCGUCAUGGCCGGAAAACAGAUGGUUGGGAAUGUCCAGGAGGCUCUGCUGCCACUUCUCAGAAACUGGUGGGGCAGCAGAAAAGGGCGGAGUCAUCCGGAAAGCACAUACAGUAGAUGGGAGCAGGACCACGAUCUGCAGAACUUCAGCCAGUUUGGACUCUUCUAUGAGUACCUUGAGAUGGUGAUCCAGUUUGGAUUCAUAACACUUUUUGUGGCCUCUUUUCCACUGGCCCCUCUUCUUGCCCUCUUUAACAACAUUCUGGAGGUGAGAGUUGAUGCUUGGAAGUUUACCACACAGUUCCAAAGGCCAGUAGCAGCAAAAGCACGCAACAUUGGAGCCUGGGAAGAGAUCCUUAAUGUGGUUGCUAUCUUGUCUGUGGUCACAAAUGCCUUCAUCAUGUCAUUCACGUCAGAUAUGAUUCCUCGCCUGGUGUAUCUGUACACCUACCACCCCGGCAGUGAGGCCACUAUGAGAGGUUACAUCACCAACAGCCUGUCCAUGUACAACAUCUCUCAGAUCCCAGAGGAUAAUCUCCCUGAGCCCGGAGAAAACCCCUCCUGGUUUAAUAGCACUACCAUCACAAUGUGCAGUUAUCGGGACUACAGAUACCCACCUGGCCAUGAAAAGCAAUACACUCACACAAUGCAGUUCUGGCACAUCUUGGCUGCUAAACUGGCCUUCAUCAUCAUUAUGGAACAUGUUGUGUUUGUGGUGAAGUUUUUUGUGGCAUGGCUGAUUCCUGACGUGCCAUCAGAAGUAAAGGCCCGGAUAAAACGUGAACGCUAUCUUGUCCAGGAGUACCUGCACAACUAUGAAGUGGAGAAACUCAAACUGCAGCUCAGUCAGAGUUUCUGCCUAUCCACAGAAAGGGCCUCACUGCCGCCUUCCAGUCCCAAUAAACAUCAGUUGCUUUCUUAAUGUAUUUAUAUGUCCCAGAGCCUUCAGCACUACUGAAGAUACUGUACUCUGCAAAUUGAUAGCAUGGAGGAAUCGAAUCCGUUGAACCCCUUCAUACAUUUUAUUGCAAAAACUCUCUGCCCUCAUUCUGACAACUGCCUUUGUUUUUGACUAAGAGCUGCACUCCCCUCAAAUAAAAUGAAACAUAUCUUCAACCUGCUUUUUUAUGUUUGAGAGAACAAUACAGCUCCUUCUGUGUUUCUCUCUAUGUAUAUCUAUGCUUUACAUGAAUCCAGAGUGCACUUGUGUAACUGCUCUGGUGAGUCACUAAGUAUCAUAAUGGAGAAAGGCUUGGAGACAGACCUACAUUGUCAUUUCAGCAGCAAACCUUCUGGAAUGCAGCCUUUAACCUGGUGCUCUUCAGUUUGUCCCGGUAGGCAGUUGUACUAUGAAGGCAGCUUGUGAAUAUUUAGAUAUGAUAAUUAAAAGACUUUGUAAACUUUAGGAGGCAAUAAUGAUUUUUUACAUCUGUCCAGCUGCUUACUGCCUUGAUAUUAUUUUUGUAUUAAAGAAGUAAUUUGCAUGUUUUUGCCCUGUAUGUCUGACUGUGACAGAGGUACAUGUGUGUAUGUUGUCUUAUUUAUUUUUCCCUUUGUUUUGGUUGUUUUUUUUGUUGUUUUUUUUUAGGGUGUGUGAUGUUUAACGAUAAAUCUUUGUUCUACAGAAGCUGAGACGAGAGACGCAUCUGCUUGCUUAUCUAACUAUUGUAAUAUCGAUUAUACAGUAAGCAUAUUUCCUGUAGUACUUGCAUUAUCAUGACUCUGUUGAAAAUAUUUAAAGGGUUCUCCCAAAAAUGAAAAUUCUCUCAUCAUUUACUCACCCUCAUGUCAGAUGUGUAUGACUUUCUUCUGCAGAACACAAAUUAAGAUUUUUAAAAAAAUAUCUCAGCUCUGUAGGUCCUCACAAUGCAAGUGAAUGGGUACCAAAAUUCUGAAGCUCCAAAAGCACAUAAAGGCAUCAUAAAAGUAAUCCAUAUGACACCAGUGGUUAAAUCCAUAUCUUCAGGAGCGAUAUGAUAAAUAGUGUCGGGGAGAAACAAAUAACAAAGUCAUUUUUUACCAUCAAUCAGCACUUUCACAUUCUUCUUUUGUUUUUGGCAAUUUGCAUUCUUUAUGCAUUUUGCCUGCCACCUGCUGGGCAUUGAGGAGAAUUUAAAGUAAUAAAGAACUUAAAUAUUGUUUUGUUUCUCACCUACACUUCUCAUAUCACUUCUGAAGACAUGGAUUCAACCACUGGAGUCUUAUGGAUUACUUUUAUGCUGCCUUUUAUAUGCUAUUUUAAGAUUAAAAAUGUUGGUACCCAUCCACUUGCAUUGUAUGAACCUACAGAGCUGAAAUAAUCUUCUAAAAAUCUUGUAUUCAGCAGAAGAAAGAAAGUCAUACACAUCUGGGAUGGCAUGAGGGUGAGUAAAUGAUGAGAGAAUUUGCAUUUUUGGGUGAACUAUCCCUUUUUUUUUUCUUUUUUUUUUAUGAGGAAGUGCAGAAGCAAUGCUAUUCUUUGUGUAAAGUUUGCCAAACCCACAUUUUGUUCAGUGUAAUAUUAAUGAAAGUUUGUAGUAAUUUUUGCAGUGAGGGAAUGUGUUUUUUUUUUUUUUUUUUUUUUUUUUACAAAGAUUAAGCUCUAUAAGGACUUUAUUAUUUUCUGAUACAAAUUCUGAAAGUGAAGCUAUCAUGCACCACCUCAAUCUGUCAAGGUUUGUGUAUAUUGAAUAACUACAGAAGAACUGAAAGCUGAAUUUCAUGACGAGGCCUGCUGUAGUCUUUAAAAAAUGUUAAUCAGAUCUAACGCAUCAGUGAUAUAUUUUUCUCACCUGAUAACUUUACUUUGUGUAAUCAUAAACCAUGUGUUGCUGUGCUGGGACAAAGUAUUCUAGUGGAAGAGACUUUCAGAGAUUCCUAUAAAUGUCAGGUUACAUUUUCCAUGUUACCACAGGAAAUUAGUUUUGAGGUGUGUAAUGAAGAUCUUGUAAGAAUACUGAAGUCAACAGUCUGGAAUUGGUUUAUACACCAGGGUAAUGUUUACAUAGCACAGAAUGAAACAAAUAAUGAUGAAUUCUUACAAGGUUACUUGGGUUGUUUUGGUUGGUGUUUUUAACAUGCAAAAUAAUAAUAAUAAUAAUAAUAGCACUACUGUUUUGAAACAGAUGAAUCAAAGAAAGCACAUCUGUUAUAUUUCUGGACUGAUGCAGUGAUUUGGUUCAAAAAUUCUUGGUUUGUAUAUGUUGAGGAACACUAUCCACUCUGUGUCAGCCAUACUCUACAGGGACUAUACAGGUUUAAAACAAGAAAGAAUGCUAUUAUGUCCUCAAAGUGGUGUGAACGCAGGGUUUGUCUGUUUUAAAUGCGUCUAAUUUAUCACCUGAACCAUAUUGUACAUUACUUUCAUAUGCCAUAUCAGUUCAUUUAAUUCUAUAUUUUUGCAUUCUUUACCUAUUAGAUGUGUAAUGGAAAUUAUACUGUCAAAUGAUUUAUGUUGUGAGUAGUUGAUCUUAUGGACAAUUCAAAAUACAGUUUAUAGAAUUAUUAUGAAUAUUGUAUUGAUUUACUUGUAAAUAUAGAGUUUUAACAAAAAAAAAAAAAAAAAAAAAAAAGAUAUAA